AAAAAAACACAGUAUUAAAAGCCAAUGGAGUAGUUGAUAUCAACUGUCGGAAACAUUGACCAUAAAUACAUAGUCUCAUCUUCACUCAUCUUUCGCUGGCAUCAACACUCACUCUCUCUCUCUUUCCCCUUCGAACGACGUCGUUCUCAUGGGUUGCUGCGUCAGCUCCACCUCCGCCACCGCCGACAAGAACUCCGGCGACCCCUCCCCCGCCUCUGACAACAACAGACCACCAUCGCCACGACCGCGAACUCCGGCCAUUGUCGAGGAAGAGACAGUCAAAGAAGUAUUGUCGGAAACCACGCUGCUCACUUCCUCAAACGACGAACCAGUGGUCGAGGACGAGACCCAGAAGCCGAUCAUGGAGAAGAUCCAAGAAUACGGGGAUAAACCCGGAAUUUAUAAGCCGGGUCGAGGUCAUGAACCCACCCGACCCGAUUCCGUCGACCCGGUUGAAGAUGGGUCCGAGCUCUCGGAGAUUUGCAGCUUGAGCGUGAGCGAGAGCGUGUCUUCCACCGUCGUGAAUCCGUACGACGACGGCGACGAAGAAGUGAAGCAGAGGAAAUUUCAGGGCACGAGGCAGAGAUCUCCGGCGAAACCUCGAACCCAGGUCACGAACCGGAGAUCCGAGCAAUCUCCGGCGAAGAGAAGCGUCGGAGGGUCUGGGUCGGUGAGGCUGGUUCAUCCGAGUCCGGGCCGGAGAUCCGGACCGGGUAUGGCGGAUCCGGCGGAUAGAUCCGGGAGGAGAUCCAGAUCGCCGGCGACGAACAGGUCAGUGAUGAGUCCGGUUACUGGUCGUGGAGCGAGGAGAAAGAACAAUGAGUCACCGGGUCGGGUCAGGUCGGACCCGGGUAAGAGCGAGUCACCGGGUCUGGUCAGGUUGGACCCGGGUAAGAGCGAGUCGGAGCAGCUGAGUCAGUGGCCGAGUAGCGGUGCGGCGGCUGGAAAUUACAAUUGUGCCCCUCGGGAGUCGCUGGAGAACCCUCUGGUCUCAUUGGAAUGUUUCAUCUUUCUCUGAAGUUUUUUUUCCCGGCGAUAAUUAUAAUGUCGCCCCUUUUGUAAUAUUAAUAUUAUUUUUGUUAUUUAGUUAUAACAUGUGAAUUAUUUAUAUCAA